GCCCCCCAACAUUCACAGAAAUGGCUUCUGAGAAGGUUGAAACUGUUGUUGCUGGAAACUAUUUAGAAAUGGAAAGAGAAGAAGGGGAUCCUAAGUCUGCAAGGAGUAGAUUUUCAAGGUUGUUUUGGCAUGGAGGCUCUGUAUAUGAUGCAUGGUUUAGCUGUGCUUCUAACCAGGUUGCCCAAGUGCUACUUACACUGCCAUAUUCAUUUUCCCAACUGGGAAUGUUGUCUGGAAUCAUAUUUCAGCUGUUUUAUGGAUUGAUGGGAAGCUGGACUGCUUACCUUAUCAGUGUACUCUAUGUUGAGUACAGGACAAGGAAGGAAAGAGAAAAGGUUGAUUUCAGGAAUCAUGUAAUUCAGUGGUUUGAAGUUCUUGAUGGGUUGUUGGGGAAACACUGGAGGAAUGCAGGACUUAUUUUCAACUGCACUUUCCUUCUGUUUGGAUCUGUGAUUCAGCUAAUUGCAUGUGCAAGCAACAUCUACUACAUAAACGACAAUCUCGACAAGAGAACUUGGACUUACAUCUUUGGUGCUUGCUGUGCAACAACAGUGUUCAUACCUUCAUUCCAUAAUUACAGAAUCUGGUCAUUUUUAGGCCUUAUGAUGACUUCCUACACUGCAUGGUAUCUUACCAUUGCUUCCCUUAUCCACGGACAGAUUGAGGGAGUAAAGCACUCAGGACCAACCAAGAUGGUUCUCUACUUCACUGGAGCUACCAACAUUCUGUACACCUUUGGUGGCCAUGCUGUCACAGUGGAGAUUAUGCAUGCCAUGUGGAAGCCCCAAAAAUUCAAGCUAAUAUACUUGACUGCAACACUUUAUGUCUUGACCCUAACUUUACCAUCAGCUUCUGCUGUUUACUGGGCUUUUGGGGAUAAGCUUCUCACCCAUUCCAAUGCUUUUUCUUUGCUCCCAAGAACCGGAUUCCGAGAUACUGCUAUCGUCCUCAUGCUCAUUCAUCAGUUCAUAACAUUUGGAUUUGCCUGCACUCCUCUGUACUUUGUGUGGGAGAAAUUCGUUGGGGUGCAUGAAACAAAGAGUGUGCUCAAGAGGGCACUGACCAGACUCCCAGUGGUAAUCCCAAUAUGGUUCCUAGCCAUCAUAUUUCCUUUCUUUGGGCCUAUCAACUCUACCGUUGGAUCUCUCCUUGUCAGCUUCACUGUGUACAUAAUUCCUGCAUUAGCACACAUGGUAACUUUUGCCCCAGCAGCUGCUCGUGAGAAUGCAGUGGAGAGACCACCUUCAUUUCUAGGAGGUUGGGCAGGAAUGUACUCCAUGAACGCCUUUGUGGUGGUGUGGGUUUUGGUUAUAGGAUUUGGUUUUGGAGGAUGGGCAAGCAUGCUGAAUUUCAUUCACCAAGUUUAUACAUUUGGUCUAUUCACCAAAUGCUAUCAGUGCCCCCCAAAAAAAGCGUAGUUAAUCAAUAGAUUCUACUCUGAAGAGAAAGUUAACAAAUGAUUAAGAUACAUUUCUAAAAGUGUGUACAAAGAUUGGCAUUUGUAAGUGGUAACUUUCUUUUUCUUUUGUAAGAGUUUUUCUCAAUGUGGUUUUCAUGUGAGAGGUGUGAUGGCAAUGAUGGCCACCCUAUACAUACCUAAAGUUGUAACUUUGUGUGUUGCUUAAACCUUUCAAUUAGAAAUUAAAGUUUCCCUUGGUUU